CCUACACAUGUACCUAAGUAACCUCCCUGGAAGUACCCCGUACUUUUUCUCUGAAACCCCAUUGCUCCCACUUCGAGUUGCAGUUCCAAUGUUGCAAGUCAAAGGUCAAAGAGAGAGAUCAAGCUUUCACAACUCCGCUGUAAAUCACUACGAAUCACUACGAACCCCCGAAUUCUAAUCCUCACCCCAACCCGCUACGAAAUAGCAUUCGUUCUUUUAAAAAGAAAAAAAAAGCUUAUUCUCUCGUAUCGUUCCUAUACACUGUCCACGUCUACGGGUGCCUCUCGGUUUCCAUCUACUAAGCGACGCUUCAAACGUGCGACCCUCAGCCACCGGCCUUUUCGACUAGGCGCGCAACCGAUUCGAUCAUUCCCUUCGGGUAUUCGUGGCAUCUCCGCUGAUCGAAGCGCAAAUCGGUCCACCUGAUCACUCCCUUCCGUUGCUUGCCCUCGCCCGGCGCGAGCUAUCUAUCUACUCUUGCGACGACCUCAAUUCUGUUUUCCACCAUUACCCCCCUCCAUUUUCACUAGACGCUGCGAUUCCUGUCGCGGCCGUAGAUCCAUCGCAAUGAUGAUGCUAGACGAGAAAUACAUCGGACUGGCGUUAGCUAUCUCAUCAAGUUUAGCCAUCGGCACGAGUUUUGUAAUAACGAAGAAGGGAUUGAUACAAGCAGAAGAAAAGCAUGGCUUCUCCGGCGAAGGUUACAUCUACUUAAGAAACCCCUUAUGGUGGGCUGGGAUGGCAACCAUGAUUACGGGAGAGAUUUGCAACUUCGCCGCAUAUGCCUUUGCUCCAGCCAUUCUAGUGACGCCUCUGGGCGCUCUAUCUGUCCUAAUCGGAGCCGUUCUGGGAUCAUACUUCCUGAAAGAGGAAUUGGGAACUUUGGGAAAGCUUGGUUGUGCUAUCUGCCUGUUAGGUGCUAUUAUCAUCGUCCUCCAUGCGCCUCCCGACGAGGACAUCCAGACCAUCGACCAAAUCCUGAACUAUGCGAUUAGGCCCGGUUUCCUUCUAUACUGUGCAGUCGUGGCUAUCUUCGCGACUGUCAUGGUCUACAAGAUCGCGCCGCUCCACGGCAAGAAGAACCCGCUGAUCUACCUUUCGAUCUGCUCUACUGUCGGCUCCGUAUCGGUCAUGUCUGUGAAGGCCUUCGGCAUUGCGCUGAAGCUUACUUUCGCAGGCCACAACCAGUUUACCCACGCUUCGACCUACGUCUUCAUGAUCCUUACUGCGCUUUGCAUCCUUACUCAGAUGAAUUAUUUCAACAAGGCGCUCAGCCAGUUCAGCACCCAGAUAGUCAACCCCCUUUACUAUGUCACCUUCACUACGGCCACCCUUUGCGCCUCGUUCAUCCUCUUCUCCGGCUUCAACACUACCGACGUGGUUAACACCCUCUCCCUGCUUUGCGGGUUUCUCAUAACCUUCACCGGCGUCUAUCUCUUGAACUUAUCCCGACGCGACCCCAACGGGACGAAGAUUCUCGCCGGACAAGGCACCGAUGCCGCUGGUACCGAUAUGAUAUCGAGUUUGCAGACGCGUCUUAGCAUGCAAGCCCGGCGAAGUACCGGCUCGCGGCUAAGCAUAGGAAGUCGGGGACAUUCCGAUAGAGAAGGGCUCAUGCGCGCAUACGACUUGGAACAAGCGGCAGGAGAUUUCAGCCUCAACGAUCUUGCCGAAGAUAGCGACGACGAACCGUCGUCGAGGAGGAAUGGCGCAGCUGUACGCUCGAAGAAAGGCCACGAGUCGAUCGAACUUCAGAACCGGAGAUCGUCCGAGCAAUAAGCUAGCUUCACAUCGGAAGAUUAGUAUCUCAUAUAUGUCCUCAUAUAUGUCCCUGUUCAACAUCUCUACGAUCACAUUGUAUAUUUUCCUAUUCGGCGGCGCUCUUCAUCGAAAGAUUAGAUCAUCGAAUUCCACGGGUGGACACGAUUCAUAUUAAGGAUUCCCAUGUUGCUAGUUCCAGAUUGGAACUUAGGGUGUAAAAUGGCAGUAACCCUUCUCUCCUCCGCCAGGGAAGGGGAAUAUCGGGCUCACUAAAGGAGUAUUAGAGGUAGCAUCAUUUUUGGGUUCUUGGUUGGGAUUAUCUCACCGCGGCGUUUCGGGGAACAAACGGGUUACUUUGGAAGUACCCUCCGGCACAUUCGGCGCAGAGGCGAGGGGAUCCGGUUCCGGUUCCGGUUCAUUGGGGCGCGAGAAAUGGUAGCAAGCUACCGAUACCUUCCACAUUAUCGAAUUUGAGAGGAAUCAACUUUAUUUUACUUCCCUUUUUUUCUGUAUGAUUACUACGCGCGAAAGCGAGGUGACGAUAAACGGCAUGGUCCUUUCUGCACUGUGCCGGAUCUGGUGCCGGAUGGGUGGGCAAACGGAAUUGGGCCGACGGUUGACAGGUCAGUGAGCGACUCUGAAUAGCCGUC